UAGCACUACUUGAACGAGAAGUUACACAGUUGAAGUAGUUGGUAACUAAUUAAAGGGAGAGAGUUGAAAAGAAAGGAGUGCUAAUCCAGAGAGAUAUUUUAUAGAAUGAAGAUUCAGUGUGAUGUAUGUGAGAAACAAGAGGCUUCUGUCUUCUGUUGUGCCGAUGAAGCCGCUUUAUGUGGGCCCUGUGACCGCCAAGUUCACCAUGCCAACAAGCUCGCCGGAAAACAUCCCCGCUUCUCGCUCAUUCAUCCUUCUCCCCAAGAUAUUCCUGUUUGCGACAUCUGUCAGGAGAGGCGUGCCAUGGUAUUUUGCCGAGAAGAUAGAGCAAUCCUAUGCAGAGAAUGUGACGACACAAUUCACAAAGCAAAUGAACAUACAGAAAGACACAACAGAUUUCUUCUCUCCGGAGUCAAGCUUUCACCUCUGGAACCUUCAUUCACAUGCCAGACCUCAACUUCCUCUAACGGCUCCAGCUACAACAAUAUCAAUGCCGCCACAAGCGAAUCCAUAACCGAAAUCAACACGACUCCCAUUUAUGAUGAUAAUUAUCACAUGCAAAACCAUUUCCAGAGCCAAGACUAUGGAAUAACAUCGGGUUCAACCAGCAGCAUUUCUGAGUAUCUGAUGGAAACAUUACCCGGCUGGCACAUCGACGAGUUUCUCGACCCUUUAUCUUCUCAAUAUGGUUUUUGUGAUAAGGGGACUAAUAAUUAUAUGUCACCAUACAUUGAUGAUAGCCUUCAAGGGCUUCUGGGGCCAAUAUCGUCACAAGAUGUGGUGCCUCAAGCUCCACCACUAUCUGAUCAAGCCCAUUUUUAUGAGACCCAAGAGUUCAACCUCGGCCCAGUGAAGGUUAAAUCUGAAAAUGAGAAGAAUUCGAAGAAAGGUGGUAAAAAGUGGAGUAGAGACGGUUCGGCAGUUAUUGAUAAGUCUGCAUCUACCAAGAAAUCAAAACGUUUUUGGUAGAUUCUUACAAGUUUAUUCUCGUUUGACUUUGUAUGUACUUUGCAUGUGCUUGGGCAUUUGGUUUUUUUAAGAGUUGUGAGAAUCAUCUGAGACGUGAAGGUCUUGUAUAUAGUUGACUAUGGGCGGAAAGAACCA